ACUGGCAAACUUGGCCAACAUGGCGACGGGGAAUUCCGUGACGAUCAGAAGGGUAGAGAAGGAAGAGGAGGAAAAGAGAAUCAGAGAUAAGAGUUUAGCUUUAUAGCAAAUAUCUUGUACACCUUACUGGUCAUCUAUCUCUUCAAAAUACUGUUGCUUUGUUGCUUUGUGAUCGUAUUUUGAACCUUAAAUACGCCUAAUCACGAUGGUGGAGGAGAUUCGCGAAAUGUGGUGUGAUUCAUUGGAGGAAUUGCUCCAAUGUCCAGUGUGCUUGGAAGUUAUGCAAGGUGUAAAAAUUCAGUGUACAAAUGGACAUCACAUAUGUCAAUUCUGCAAGGAGCAGCUGCAGGUGUGUCCCAUAUGCAAAUCUUCCUUUAUAGGAACAAGAAAUUUGGCAGUGGAACAACUUUCUGCAACAUUGCAUGAUAUAAAGUUAUCUUUGCUGCAUCCAUAUCAUGCACUGAACAGAAGAAUCCUACAUAACAAAGUUUGUGUGGCGACUCAAACCGACGAUAUUUCUAUGCCUUCUAUUGCUUGUCAAACCGAAUCUAUAAAUGAAGCUAACGCAAUUACUGUUAAAAACGAACAGCAAAAGUCGCCGAUAAAUUUGGCGCCUCGAGUUGGGAAAGGAACAUAUCCGUGUGGUAUUGGAACUUGUGUGAUGGAAUUACCACAUGGAAGAAUGAUCGGUCAUCUGAGAUAUCAUCACAAAGAUGUAUUUUACGAGUUUAACACGAAAGAUAAUGUGUUAAACAAACAGUGGAACCUGGAGUAUGUAAUAAAUCGAGAUUAUGAUUUCGCUUUUCAUAUCAAAGAAAUGGGACUAUUUUUUUUAAACGUGUCUAUAAAUCAAAUGGGUGAUCUGAUAGGUUCCUUACAAAUUGUCAAUUGCAUAGCUGUAGCAAAACAAUUCAUGUACACGUUUGAAGCAGUCGGAGCGUUUAAUUCUUCUGGUACAUAUAAUGGCCCGGUGAAAUCAUGCAGAGCGCCAAAGCAGAGUUACGCAAAAGACUGUCUGCACAUACGCGAGAAUAACAUGCGCCUUAUAAUUGACAAUAGAAACUGUUUUCAGUGCAAUCUAACGAUAAAACGAAGAAUCGAUUAUAGAGCGCAAAAUAAUACUCCAACGAAUACUGAUGACAGAAUAAAUUUUUUUUAAAAAAUCUAUAUUAUAUAAAAAAACUGGUUAUUUUGUUAAUUGGUUUUCAUGUAAAAUGUAACAUUUCCAUAUAAGUAAUUGAAGUUUAAUCUCCUAAUUUAGUAAAAAAAAAGUUAAUUAUUCAUUACGUUGCCAAUUUUAUAACUGUCGAUGCAACUUCAAGUAAUUUAAAAUGUUCGAAAUAAGAGUUUUGAAGCUCUGUUAGUUCUUAAAUUUACAUUUUGCAGCAUUGCCUAAUUGAUAAACCAAAAAAGAGAUUGAAAAAAACUGAUUUUACUGUGGAUUACAGACAUAUAUGCAGAUACAGCGACAAUUUUUCAACAAACGUUUUUAGUUUAAUAUUUCUUUACAAUCUCAGACUGCUCUGUUUAAGAAAAAAAUAGGAAAGGGAGUACAAAAAAGUAUUGCUUGUGUAUAUUUUGCCUGGAACACUUCCUAUAUAUUCUUUUAGUAAAAUUAAUAUCAGAAGCUUGAUAUGGAAUGAGAAUUUCAAAAACUUUAUCGCGACGAAACGAAGGAAUAUGUAUUAUAACUCAUGACGUAUGUGAUAUAACUUAUAUAUAAUAUUACAGACAGAAAAAUCAUUAAUGUGUGAUACUCUUACGAAAUAAAGUUAUUACAUUAAAAA